AUGAUGGAACCACCCGAGAAGUACGGAGAAGUACAAAAAAGUACGAAGAAGUACGAAGAAGUAUCAAGAAGUACGGAGAAGUACCAGAAGUACAGAACUCCACAACAAUCGGAUAUUGAUGAAAAAAGUGUAUCAAUAUGUCAAAUUCGAGUAGAAAGUGAUUCAGAUGAUAAAAUAUUAUUAUCAAUUUUAGCUGUUUUAAAAUAUUAUGAUUUUUAUAUUAGUAAUCCAACAUCAUUAUGUCAAUCAACAUUAGAUAAUCAAACUUGUUUAUUAAUUUAUUAUUGUGAACAUAAAUUGAAAACGGGUGUUCAACAUACAUUAAUACAACGAGAAUUAACAGAAAUAUUACAAAAAUUUAAAUUAAUUGAACGUUUAAAAUUUCAUUAUACAUUUGCAUAA